CGGAGCGCCAGCAUCAAAUCCUGCUGCACGCACCUGAAGAAUCCGCGCGUUACCGCCGGAACUGCCGCGGCGUCCAGACGAGAGAAACUGCCCGACCUCGUUCUCCCUGCUGUGCCGAGGCGUCAGAGUGCUUGUGCUGCGAGAACUGUGCCGUGUGCGUGAAUGGUGGCAGUUGUUCUAAACUGUUCAAAUGUACUUCUAAAGUGACCCGUGCACUUUUCCGCAGAGGUGCCAAAAUACUGACACAUUCCCUUACGCGCGACAGUUUUUUCGAAGAGCGUCUUGCCGAAACGAGAACAAUAUUCUCAUUUUACUGCGAACGGACGACCGCAAGAAACUGCGUGUCUUGAGAAGUGAGCACAUUUUUGUGACGGCGCGUGCGGUUUGUAAACAUAUCGAGCGAGCUCGGGAGGAGCAACAGGUGGGUGUGGCAGAGGCAGGUGCAAAAUAAUUCGCGGCUCGCGCUAUCCGAGAAGUGCCCGAGUGUCGUGAUCCACGAAUCAGAACACGCAGUUGCUCGCAAGGCACUGACAGCUACAAUUAAUGCCUCUUUCCUAGCCCCCUUCUUGAAAACUUUUAUUGACAUUCUUUGUUCGGAGUGAGUAAAGUUAAGUGGCGACUAUCGUGGCGGCGGAACGCAGUGUGAAUUGCCUCUUCAGAGCGGACAGUGUGGGAGGUCGUGGCGACACAGUGGAUCGGUUCUCGGCCAUUCACGGAGACCUCUGGCGACAUCGGAGCAGCAAUCUUCCCAUCAAGCGGACAUCCAGCGAUUGAGCAGAGUGUAAGAAGAUGUGCAUCGGUUGCCACCAGAGCUCCAUCCACCAGGAGGAGGGAAACCGUCGGCCCCUUAACUGAUUCCUGUUGACGAGUCAGUCAGCGCGGUGAUUUUCUACGACGUAAAGACGGAGCUGAGAUGGAGAUGAGCUCAGCGUGGUCGGAGAGUCCUCCAGAGCUGACGAUGGCGCUGGUCUCCGGCCUCCAGCAGGACGGCGACACCGCACUGGGCGACGACUCUGCAGGCUCUGUCAACGCGACGCUGGCGCCGCCCAGCUUCCCGCGGCCGCUGCUCACGUUCGCGGCGGUGGCGACCAUCACGAUCCUCGUGGUGGGCGUGCUGGGCAACCUGCUGACCGUCGUCGCGCUGCUGAGGUGUCCCAGGGUCCGAAACGUCGCCGCCGCCUUCAUCAUCAGCCUGUGCGUGGCGGACCUGGUGUUCUGCGCGCUGGUGCUGCCGUUCAGCGCGUCGCGCUUCGUGUCGGGCACCUGGGUGCACGGCGACCAGCUCUGCCAGCUCUUCCCGCUGAUGCGCUAUGGCAACGUGGGCGUCUCGCUGCUCUCCAUCGCCAUGAUCACCAUCAACAGGUACAUAAUGAUCGCGCACCACGGCUGGUACGGCCGCAUCUACCGGCGCCACUGGAUCGCCGCCAUGAUCGCCUUCUGCUGGCUCUUCAGCUACGGCAUGCAGCUGCCCACGCUGCUCGGCGUCUGGGGCCGCUUCGGCUACGACGCGCUGCUGGGCUCGUGCUCCAUCCUGGAGGACUCGUCGGGCCGCUCCUCCAAGACGGCGCUCUUCGUGCUGGGCUUCCUCGUGCCUUGCGUCGUCAUCGUCGCCUGCUACGCGCGCAUCUUCUGGGUCGUCCACGAGUCAGAGAACCGGAUGCGGUCGCACCAGACGGCGGCGCAGACUCCCACCCCCGGGGGCGGCGGCAAGGGGCUGACGCCUGGGGGCGGCGACGGGGGCGGCGGCCAGCAGCAGCGGCACGCCGCCAGGGAUGUGCGCGCGCGCCGCAACGAGUGGCGCAUCACCAAGAUGGUGCUGGCCAUCUUCCUGUCCUUCGUCGUCUGCUACCUGCCCAUCACCAUCGUCAAGGUCGCCGACCACCGCGUGCGACACCCCGGACUGCACGUGCUGGGCUACAUCAUGUUGUACCUGUCGGCGUGCCUCAACCCCAUCAUCUACGUCAUCAUGAACAAGCAGUACCGCCAGGCGUACAAGACAGUGCUGCUGCUGCGCCGGCCGCGUCUGCUGUCGCUGACGCCCACUGCCAACAACAGCAGCUGCCAAGACAAGUCCAAGGACGCCAUCAGCCGCACCAUGGUGUCCCAGGUGAGCAUAGCCAUGGGGCCCAUGGUUCCACACAGGAACGACAGGAGCGACGAGCUGCCGGAAGUGUUCGAAGAGCCGUGACGUCACACGCCUGCCUGACGUCGCCAACAAUCGCACCACGCUCGAGCGCCACGUGACCGGGGCAACAAUGGGAAGCCGCCGGAACCGGCAUACACCAUUCACUGCAUCCCUUCUCAACACCUUGAAGCGUGCGGGCGUCCGCUACAAAACCUGAAAGUGGACUUAAAGUCGGUAAAGAGUCGGACUGCCAAAGAGUUUAUCUGUUACCAAAGAUAUAAACGUUUAAUACUGGAGCUUAUUGUUGAUUUCAGAUUAUUUUCAAAGUGACAAAGACAAAGAAAGUGAUUCUUCAGCUGGGUAGUAAACCACUAGCUUCGGACAGUAACAGCAGACUCAUUGUACGAAAAUUUUCACAGGCUAUCUUACCAUUUUCCUACACCUCUACGUCCUCUGCUGUAUUACAGAUGUUUUUAAUUACUUCCUUUCACUACGUCAGUGUACUAGAUAACAGUUCACAACGAAGACUAACCACGCCACACAUUUCCGUAGUAGCAACUGUAUUGCGCAUUCUACAAACACUGUCAUCCAAGAAAUCUGUUCACUCUAAUAUUUGUAAUUACUUCGAACGUGUACUUGCUGUGAAAAUUGCUCAUUGACUUUGUGCAUCAAAUAUACGUGUACUGCGAAUUCCAAAUGGGAGAAAAUCGUGUGUUUGAUGGAGCGGAAAUUAGUAGUAUUUCAAGAGGUACCAAAGAUGUAAAUGUUUACCUUUUUAGAAUUAGAACUUACACGUGAUUGGGUCACUUUAUAAUAGAAAAUCGCAUUGAGAGAGAGAGAUAGAGAGAGCAUUUCCAUGCUAACAGCGGAAGGCUUCUUGUAGGUCAGUGCUGAAGUAUCCACACACUUGCAGUUUCAUAUGAGGUACCGCGCUAUGAUUCUCAUUAGGUGUCCUGCCAUUCCUUGAGCGUGCUGGAAAUAUGUUUACAACAGAGCAGAGAAAGAACUAGUAGUUAAAUUCUAAUUCUCUGCUCAUAUGUCUUCCACGGUUCUACCACAGGAAUACCAGAUAAACUGUACAUCACAAAUACGAAAAGCUGCAGAGCCUACGCCACCUCCUGCAAAUUACCUAUGAUAUUUCCUCAUAGAUUAUACACACGAAUUUAAGACUGUAUAAAAUGUGUACCUGGUCAAAUAUAGACGUUUGGCAAUUUUGUAUAAAAACAACAACCAUUGUUUCUUGGUGAAUUACCAACCAAAUAUUUUCUGUAACCAGUGUUCCACAGAUUUUUAAACAUCUUAAGAAACCAGCAAUAAACUCCUGCAAGGAUGUAUUCUUUACUGUCGAGAAUACUUUUGAUCCGAAUGUCACCCACAGUCGACGAAGGCUGUGAGAUAUUGAUGCACUGAUAACUUCCGUCGACUGAACGUGAUCUUUUGGUCGACACAAGUCUCAACUAUGAAGAAAAUAUUCUCAAAGCAGCUGUGCGUGUUUAAUAAUGACACAUUUAUUUCGAAUACUAAUGAGUUGUACAUAUAAACACUUCACUUGCUGAUGUGGUUUAGUUAAGGCUGUUACUUUUGGUUUUUCUAGUUUUUUCCAGGCAAAAACAAAGAUUAGCUAAGUGGUCACUGACUAGGUAUCAGAACAUUCCUUCAUGACAGUCUAGACACGAAGGCAUCGGAUUGAUAACAGAGUCAUGAUAUUCGAUUCCACGUAGAUCAUUGUCUCAACUGGAGCUUGUGACAGGUGAUAAGAUGUUGUACUGUAUUGUAUUGUAUGGAACUGGGGACCGAGAAACGACGGAGAGGCUCCGUCCCCGCUGUAGCCCUGAGUGGUUCACAAACCCGCAGCAGGCUACAGCAGUCAACUCACCCCACCGCCGCCCCACACCGCUCACACCACACGAGCGUAACCCCAAUGUUUGCGUAGUAGAGUAAUGAUGGUGUAUGCGUACGUGGAGAAAGUGUUUGCGCAGCAAUCGCAUGACAUAGCGUAACUGAGGCGGAAUAAGGGGAACCAGCCUGCAUUCGCCGCGGCAGAUGGAAAACCGCCUUAAAAACCAUCCACAGACUGGGCGGUUCACCGGACCUCGACACAAACCCACCGGUCGGAUUCGUGCCGGGGACCUGGCGCUCCUUCCCACCCGGAAAGCAGUGCGUCAGACCGCACGGCUAACCGGGUGGGCGAUAAGAUGUCUUAGAAAACAUUUCACAAUACAGCUGAGACUAGACCACUCCCAUAAAAAUUGCUUCUUCCCAUAUACAGUUUCUACCAGUCAGAGCUCUCUCAAUAUUUAAUUAUUGGCUAUCUCUAUUUCAACUUCUGAGCCGAUAUCAGUGGCCCGUGAGUUUCUUGGCCGACGGCUGCGUGGUAGUUCGGGAAGAGCAGUAAUGUAAGCCUAAACUGGAUAUCCAACUCAGCUAUUUAACCAGCCAAAGACCCUCACACCACGAAGUGCCACUAGAAUGCAAAACAAAACACGUUCCCAUUCUGUGCUAACACACUCCUACGACAUCGCGUGCUCCAGAUCUCUGCAGAACAACACGAUGGACUGUUUCAGGACUAGUACAAAAUAACGGUGAUAAUUCUGCUGUACCAGUUCAAAAAUUUGCUUGCAAUUCAGACGUUGGCAGUACGAUCAGAAAAUUGAUUCUGCUUUAUUUCACUUGUUUCUUACCCACACAUUUCACUGUCGAGCAAAAGAACGCCACGAGAUGCAGCAGAAACCCCUAAAUUAUCUACUGUAUUAGCAAAACCUUUAAAUACGUAUAACUCGUAAAAACGUGUGUUAUAAGCAAUGCAGAACGAAGUUGACAUCGUUUUUUCAGACAUUCCACGAAUGAACAAAGGAUAUACUUAUAAAAUAUAAACUGAUACUAAAAUGUGGAAUGCCACUUACACCUCAGUCGAAAAUUAAGUACAUAUUAACAUACUUAAUAACUGACGUCACGCAUUGACUACUAAAAACUAUGUUGCCUGUCAGUGCCAUAGGAUACAUGUACUCCAAAAGUGAAUGUAUUUCCUUAAAUUCUGAGUUUUCAGGAAAAUUAUCCGUACUUGUAGAUAAUACGUGUAUCCAUUUUGACAAUGUAGAUACAUGUGUAGGGUGACACAUUUCGGGAACGUUGCUUAUCAGUUUCCUGCAGGAUAUACAUAGUCAUGACACAGAGCGAACGAAUUAUUGCUGGCGCAUUAAAUCUUCGUGGAUUUCUUUAAACGCACUGGAACUAUAAAUAUUAAUAACUCAAUCAAUUAUCAAGAAAUGUGGUGAUAAGAAAAACUUACCAUCUGGAGGAAAAAAACCGCGAAAGAGAUUGUAAAAUUUAUAGCAAACGCGAAGAAAAUAAUUAUUCUGGUUAUAUACCUCUCUUAAAAAAAAUAUUGCAAUAUCCUGCAGAUCUGACAAUCCCUGCUUCGAUAUUUUUGUAGUCCACGACAUAAGUUCUAUAACCUGAAACGGAUAAAUAAUCCUUUAAACACGUACACACCGAUGGAAAUUUUUCUCCGACAACAACAUGGCGGAAGAUGCAAAGCACAAAAAGCAGGAAGACCGAGGAAUUUCAGUGCUGAAAGACAGAAUUCUUCAUCCAGAUAGUACAGAGAGCACUGAAUAUGAGUGAACGUAUCCUCAAGACUUCUCCUAGAGUCCACAGGAGGAUCUUCGACGAUAUGUUUACUCCAAGAGUCCUCUGCUGGGAGCAUUUUGGGCUAGUGAUAACGUCUGAAAAGACGAAGCGUAAAGAUCCAAUAAAUACAAAUUGUGUGAGCACUGACUGGUAUAAAGUAUAGAGACUAAGUUAAUGAGCUCACCAAUCCCCCCCCCUCCCCCCAACAACAACUGAAGUAUCAAUCUAAUGCCUAGCUGUAUUGCUUUCCACAUUCUAGUUCUCAUAUCCACUUAAGGCUAUAGGCAUCAUCAGAUGGUUUAUACACUCUACACAACGACUCUUCAAAGUACUGUACAAGUACAAAGUUUUACUACUAUACAAUGUAUUCAAACCUUCUAAUAACAACUUUACCAAAAGUCUAAACUGAAAAUGAUACUAUAUGUUUGAAUCGAAACAAACACGCAAUCAAAAAUACAAUAAUUAUAUUUCUUAGUAUACUAUCAUAAUAAACGAUAUUGGCAGUACUACUGAUUAACCAUAAAAAUAUUCUAAAAUUAUUACCUUUCCAUAUUUAUCACCUUAAAUUACAAUGCUGAGAGUUAUUUUCCAUUACAAUUUUAUCAAAUCUUAGAAAAGAAUAAUAGACCCGUAGGAAUGUCGCUCAAUCCGAAUUGGUAAUUUUCUGGGACAUGGCUGACUAAAACAAAAUAUGCUGGAACAGUGCAAAAUUCCCAGUCACAUAUUCCUGAAGCGACUUCCCACCAAAACAUGUUAGAAUAACAAAGACCUUCCACUCAAAACAACAACUAAAGUGUUCAAAACAUUACUUACAGAAACAGGAGAUUCUUAGCAACGACUGUCGCCACUUGAGUUUGAGCGCAGACAAAGGCAAUGAAACAUAGCCAAGUUACCAUUAAAGGGAGAACUCGUUCCCAAAGUUGGCAGCACUAGAGAAUAUGAGCAUCCCAGUCGCCAGAUACGUGAGCCCGUUGAGUGGGCAUGAGAGAGGGAGAGAGAGAGAGAGAAACAGCUGAGGACGUAAACGUCGCUCCAGAAUGAGAAACAUCUCGAUAAUCCGCCAGUAGAAUGCCCCUGAGGAGUUCAGUGUUCCCCCCACAACCCAUUCCAAGCCUACGCCGCUAGGGGCUUCCGUCGUUUCAUCAGCAUUUGCAGAUUACGAUUGCGUCAUCAUAUAUAUUGGUCAGCCACCAAUAUAGGAGUAAUAAUUCUCCAUUAACGUCUUUCAGGGUAGAAAAGUAACGAAGAACAGACCAAGAUUACUUCGUCCCAUUAUUGUGCUCCAUAUCACAAUAAGAGUACAUGCUAAAUCAUUCUUUGUGAACAACAGUGUCAGCAAUACUCAUAUCGUAUUUGCUGGAUUUUCGCUUGACAAAAUUCUCUUGUGUGUAUUGUGGAUGAAAAUACCCACAUCCAGCAAGAAGUUAGUUGUGAUUAAUAACAGACACACAAUAUUCACAAUAUUAAGGACAGUAAAACUGCGAAAAAGAAGAGCUACAACAGGUUUCUCCCCAUAAAUGCUUAAAGUUUAGCGUGUACUAAUCGAAAACUGUUUUAUGACCCCUAUAAAUUAUUCAAAGCUUUUCCAGAUCCCUAUGCCACUAUUUCUGACAUAAAUGUAAAUUGCUGAAAAUAUCUAACAAUUUUUUUAAAAAUGGGAGCACCUGAAACAUGCAAAACAUCGACUAGAACUGUUGAGACUUUCUAGCCCGAUGCCGUUAUAGACAAACAGUGCCACAGAAUGCUAAAUAUAGUGACAAGCAGUUUGUAGCAAAACUUAUCUUAUUUGUUUUGUAUAUUUCGGUUUGUGCAACAGUUUAAAAGUAAAAUGUAUAUGUUUUUCAAUUGCUACUGUAGGGAGUGAAUGCCAUUUAUUAAGUGCCUAUUCCCUGCUGUUUUAUUCUGUGACAGACAUGGACAUUUACCAUUUCUCAAUACAAGCAUUUUAUUACAUGAUCUUAUUGGUAACUCAUUACAAAGAAAAGGAAACAAUUUUUUAAGUUUUAUGAAUCAUCUAACUCCAUAAAUAACACUCUUUACCUUUGUCUAGUCCGCAACAUUGUUACCAAAUAUUAUGGCUGAUGUAUUAUAUAACAUUGUUCAAAGUUUAUUUUCGGAUGAAAACAGUUUUAUUCAAUAAAUGUUAGUACCCAAUACUUUACCUGCAUCUAGCAUAUAGCACACUUGUAAAUCUGAAUGCCUAAUGCAGAUAAAACUUUUCUGUACAUAAAUAUAUUUGUUUAUGAAGGUAUCACUCUACAUACUAAAUGAUUUCCUUUAUCUUGCAGUUACCAGUUACUGGCAUUAAUAUGUGUAAUGUGCCUCUGCACAUAUAGUGAUAUUUCUGUGAAUUUAAUAACAAAAAUGUGAUUGAAAAUAAAAGUCUUAAUGAUAAGUUAAAUUCCCUAAAGCACUUUGAGAUUUCUUACCCAAAGUUAGUUUACACCCACUAACAUCAUUCUUAUAAUAUUCAAUAUUAGAGCGCAUUCAUUUUAUUGCUUUUUCUAACUUUGGUCCAUGUCUGUAAACAGGACAAUAUAUCAUCAUAAAAAUUAUUACCAUAACUCUAGAGCAUGAAAAUAAAAAGUGCAACCGUUAGCUAGAGUUAUCACUUUUUUUAUAAGUACUGAAUAAUGACAAUGAGAAUCAAAAAGUCUUUAAAACAAACUUCUGUGUACAGUGUUUUGCCAAAGAGAUUUUUCUACGGAUAGUGUGUGUGGUGCAAAAUAUGUUAAUACACCAAUAUCUAGUGAAAUUUUGGAAACAAAUCGACUAUAAUACAGUGGAAGGGUAUGCCAUUAGUUUAGUAACAGGGCCAAAGGAAUAAGUGUUGAUCACCUGAAGUAUAUUUUAUCAUGAUUUUACACUUACAGAACGUAUAGAAUAUUUGUAGCUAUGAGAGUGGAUUCAUUGGACAAACAGGUUUUUUUUCUGUUUAUGAGAGUAAAUGAGUAGUUUUGGGGUGAAAUACAAUGCAAUAUUUCGCACUGAAAAAUAAUUUUGUUUGUUAAGCUAUAAUACAUGACAGGAGAAUGAAGUGAGAUCACUUUAUCUUUUAAAAUAUAAGUUUCAUAAUUUAUGUUUAAUUUUGAGUUUAGUAAUAUGUAAAUAUCUUUGUUUCUCACACAACAGUAUUCAGACGGCAGCAGUGGUUUAAUUUCUUGAUUAUUCUAUGUAAUGUUUGUGCACAAAGAGUUAAUUUUAGAAUAUCUUUGUAAAUAGUAUGCAUCAUUUAUGUAUCAAAUUUAGUUAUUGUUAUACAAAAGACACUU